AUGGAUAUCAAAUUGUCGGGUGGUCAGAAGCAGCGCAUCUCAAUCGCCCGUGCAGUCUACACCAACGCAGACGUGUACAUCCUCGACGACCGCCACAUCUUCAAACACGCCCCCACCACUAUCCCUGCCGACAAGACUUGUAUCCUCUUCACCAACGGCGUCAAUCAUCUCAAAGAGUCCCUGAGUCAUCGCCAAUUCAUGUCCCUUGCACGCACGAUGCUGGCCAAAAACACCCGUGUUCUCUGUCUAGACGAAACCACCGCCGCCAUUGAUGUCGAGACCGACAACGCCACCCAACACGCUUCGAGGAGAGAGUUCCAGAACUGCACCGUCCUCACGAUCACCCAUCGCAUCAACACGAUCAUGGGCACUGACAAGAUCUUAGUCCUCGAACAUGGGCGCGUCGCCGAGUUUGAUUCACCCUCUGCUCUACUGCAGAAGAAGGACGGGCAUUUUUAUCGCCUUGUUUCUCAGAGCGGAAACGCUUAA